CUUAGAAGCCAUUGUAUUUGCUAGGAGCUGUCACGUACUCAGGUCUAUUAAAUCAAAUAGUCUUAUUACGAGUUAAAUUGUUUUUAAUUCGCGAGAGUAUUAACACGCGAGCAGCAUACUUAUAGAUUUGACCAGUAACAUUAAGUCUAUUGUCGAGGAAGUCAAGGAAAAAAAAAAGAAAUUUACAAAGGUCUAACGACGACUGUAUUUUCCAUCCGGGACAUCAAGCUUGGCGGAGGAAUUCAUCUGACUUUUCAGACAUCGGAAGAGGAAAAAAGCGCCGUCUAAUUUCGCACUAAUUGAUUAUUUUCUUUAGGUAUUUUAGUUUUACCGUCCGUGCUUGGCUUUUUCUCUUAGUUCUGUGCGCUUACUUAGAUGGCAAGCUUUCCAGACUCUGUAAACGAAAAUGAAAUAGGUAAGGCUAAGUUCAUCGGUGAACUCCUGGUGCCUGUUGCUCCCUUUGACCAGAAGUCUGGGCGCGAGGCUUGGACAGUAGCCUUUGCACCCAAUGGUUCCUACUUUGCUUGGUCUCAGGGGCGUCGCAUUGUCAGGCUCAUUCCCUGGACAAAAUGCCUGAAGGACUUUUCAGUGGGCCAUUGUGGAGAGGGCACCAAUGCCUCAAGCCCCCGGCGUUUGUCCCGUCAGAACAGCGACGGAGGCCAGGUAAUCCCCGUGUCCGGCGAGCCCUGCGAACACACCAUCGACUGCGGUGACAUCGUCUGGGGCCUGGCCUUCGGUUCUUCGGUGCCAGAGAAGCAGAGUCGCUGUGUAAACAUUGAGUGGCACCGCUUCAAGUUUGGCCAGGACCAGCUUCUACUGGCAACAGGCCUCAACAAUGGUCGCAUCAAGAUCUGGGAUGUUUACACUGGAAAACUGUUGCUCAAUCUGAUGGACCAUACUGACAUAGUGCGAGACCUGACCUUUGCUCCUGACGGCAGCCUCAUGCUGGUCUCUGCAUCCAGAGAUAAGACCCUCCGUGUAUGGGACCUCAAAGAUGAUGGUAACAUGGUGAAGGUUUUGCGGGGGCAUCAGAACUGGGUGUACUGCAGCGCCUUCUCCCCCGACUCCUCAAUCUUGUGUUCAGUUGGCGCCGGCAAAGCAGUGUUUCUAUGGAACAUGGAUAAGUACACGUUGAUCCGGAAGCUGGAGGGGCACCACAAUGACGUGGUGUCCUGUGAGUUUUCCCCAGACGGGGCACUGUUGGCCACUGCCUCUUAUGACACCAGGGUCAUUGUAUGGGACCACCACAAGGCCACCAUCCUGCUGGAACUGGGCCAUCUCUUCCCUCCUCCAUCACCCAUAUUUGCUGGAGGAGCGAAUGACCGCUGGGUUCGCUCUGUGAGCUUCUGCCCUGAUGGCCGCCACAUCGCCAGCGUUACUGAUGACAAGCUGGUUCGCUUCUGGAGCAUCGAGGAAAGGGCCCCUCAGGCCAUCGCCCCUCUCUCCAAUGGCCUCUGCUGUGCCUUCUCUCCUGAAGGAAGUGUCCUUUCUGCUGGGACUCGUGAUGGUAGUGUGCACUUCUGGGAGUGUCCUCGUAGCAUUGCCAGUCUGCAGCACAUGUGCAGGAUGGCUCUCCGCCGGGUGAUGAACACCCAGCAAGUGGAGGCCCUGGCCAUUCCGACGCCGCUCCGCGACUACCUGACAUACAGAGUCAUCUAACCCCCCCCCACCACCACCACCACCACCAACCACCACCAACUGCACAUGCCACAGCAGCUGUAUGCUGAAAAACCAAUGACUCCCUUAUUUUCUGAAAAAAUGUUUGGGGAAAAAACAUUUUUUUCAUAGAACUUUGUUGAACAAAUAUGAUCAGAACAGGAGGAAAAGAAUGAAAUUUUACUGAAUCCCCAGAAACACGUCCUCACUUCAGACCCCAACCAAAACCUCUUAACAGCAGGAUUUUUUUGUUGCUUCGUGCGUAUUUAUUUUUGUAAGUGAUUUAAUUAAUGAGUGUGCUGAGGCCAUUGCACCAUUCCUACCUGUGAGUUAUUUCUGGGGCUUCCUGUUCCCCUCCAUCAUAUCAGUGUGCUACCUGUAAAUGUUCAGCUCCUCUUCCAGCUGGCUCCAUCGCUCUCCCAGGUUCAGUAAACCCUUCUUCUUUUCCUCUGACCUGAAAUGGCUGUUGCACUUCAUGUGAGAAGCUUUGCAGUGGUGCUUGCUCUUCACAUCAGGCUUUCUGUUUGUCAGUGGGUGAGCUAAAGGGAAGAGACGCACGGGUGUGUAAAGGGUGCAGGGUUUUGAAGGCUGAUUCUCCGAUCUGUGAAGUCCUGAUACUUGGAGUCUUUAUACAUGAUUGUCGUGAGACAAACACAAUGAAUGGUUCUCUCUUAGAUUUUGAAUAUUUCUCUGAAGCAGUAUUUAGUAGUUUUUAUUUCCAAUACGUAGAUAACGUUUGCCAGGUGUAUCAGCCGUUAUAUGGUCCAAUACAGUAUGAAACCUAGUCUCAUUUCAUUUCUGCUGUGUGAGACUUUUGGAUGUUUCAGUUAUAGGCAACAUUAGAAGCUAGCUGUCAGGCUAGCUACAUCACUAACCGUUAAGCUUACAUGCUCAACAUAAAAAAAAACAAAAAAAACCAUUUCACUCCUAGAGCCGAUAAAUGGGUCAGGGUCCUGCCCACUGUGGAUCUCAGUCACUAUUCUUAAAGAAUAAAAAACAGUAUCUAUUUGAUUAGUUCACCAGUGAUGUACCAGCAGAGGCGGGGAAGCAGACUGGUAGCAAAUGUAAACCAGGGAAGGCUCCAAAAUGUCUACAGUUCCCUUGGCAAAGGAUGUUUGAGGAAGGAAUAUUUGUCAGGUGAGAAACGCUGCAUGUAAACUUUGUUUACAAGAAAACUCCUGACGUGGCUGCUAAUAUCUGCUUCCAAUCUACACUAACUGGCAAAUAUCAGUCAGUCUGACCCUGACAUGAUGCAGGAGUAGCCCACCCACAGUCCACCCAAGAAAUGUCUCAGACUGGUGAUAAAUAUGGCAACGGUAUGAAUUUACUUCAGUGUGUAUGUAAAUGUGUGUGUGCGUGUGUGUGUGCGCCCUGCCCUGCCCUGUGGGGCAGUAUAAAGCCUUGCGACCAGUGUCAUUUCUCACUCAAGCAAAGCACCUCUGCUGCUUAACUGCUAUAAAUAGUUGAACUUUAAAAAAAAAAAAAAAAAAAAAAAAAAAGCUGUAUACAAAAUUCCAUGUGAUAUGUAAAUACAAAAUUGUGUCGUUUUUUUUUUUUUCACUUUAUUUUGUCAUUUAUAUCCAGUCCUUAUGUUGAACAUUUGUAUUUUUCUAUUUUGUUCUUUUUGUUCUCCUUUAAAUGUAAAAAAAAAAAAAAAAUGUCUGCAGAACUGCACAUCUUACUGCUUAAAGCCCAUGAAAGGUGUAUUACAUUUCU